UGUUAACUUAGCAACUGCCUAUCCAACGUCGAGCAAUGAUUGUACGAAAUGGAUCUUAAAUUAGUACCUUGGAGAUCAAAAGAAGACUUUUUAUUCUUAAUGUCUUGCUUUUAUAAUGAAGAACUAGAAGAAAUUCCGGAUCCAAGCGCUUUAUAUCGAGGUAUAGAAAUCGUUCAUUCAUGGUCGACACGGGGACGGAUUCCUCAUUCAAUAGAGGCAACAGCACAAUUGGCUUUAUCUCUCUUAAACAAUGAUCCUUCGCAGAAGCUCAGCUUGUCGUUGGCUAUUUCAAGAUUUGUCAGUGGUCUUUUAGAUCCUAUUCAGCAAUCGCAAUAUGCAGUACCUAUGGCUAUAUUAGCAAAAUCUAUUGAUUUACCGACUUCCUUUGUUGAAAUCCGCCAUGCGAUUACUCAUGAAGAGCUUCCAUCUUUACCGGUACUACGACAAACCGCAAAUAGAGCUUUAGCCUGGCUUUACGAUCAUUAUUGGAUCCGUGCAGCUAAUGCCAGUUCUGAAAUAAUUGAUGAUACUCUGGAAGUUAAUGAAAUGCACAAAAACGAUAUUCAGAAACGGGUGAGAGAGCUUUUGAAGAAGUGGAGAUCCUGGAGGAAGGUGAACGUUUCUGCGAAUAUGACCCAAUCGGCCUCUGAACAUCGCUACGUUCGUGAAUUUGAAGAGCUUUGCUCUGAAAUAGUUUCUAUUAGCUCUUCUCGGUUGCCAUAUAUCCUUGCUUCCUUCGUAAGCGACGAACAGGAUUUGAAUUUUGCACUUGAGACCACAAACUUAGAAAUUGUGGUAUCGUGUUUUCUAGAAAGAAGAAUUUUAAUACCAUCAAAGAUUACUUCUAAUAAUCUUUUCCCUAAAGCAAUUAACUUGUGGCUACCUCUUAUACAAAAUAUAGCCUCUAAGCACUCCUUGUUUCUUCCUGCUUUGCAAGCCCUUCUGUGGUCUGAAAUUAAUGAAGUCAGUCUAAGCAACCAAAAUUCUGCAUUUUUUGGGAAUGAAAAUAAUGAAGAAUAUAAGGAAAGGAAUUCAGCAUGCAUGUUCCUAACUAACUGGUAUGCUUACCUGAUGAAGGCGGCAUACAAGUCAGAGCCUUGGGCAAAUACUAUGUCGAUUACACAGACGGAAUUAGCAUCCUUACUGGAAGUUUGUCUUCAACGAAGUGAUCCUUUUACCCGAGUAAUCAUUGAUGAAUUGUUGCCUUUAGAUAAAGAACUAGAAGAAAAAUACGUGCCAUUAUGUCAAUAUCGGGGAGAUGCAAAAAAUGUCGAUAUCACAAUGGAGGAAAACACUCUGGCAGAGACGACUGUGGAUCAAAUGCAAGACGAUCUGAAUCAGUUAUCAACGCGACUGGCUUCCAUAACAGAGCCUGAGGAAUCGAAGUCCUCCGGUCUACGAGCUUUCGAAAAUCGCUUUUGGUAUAAGCCAAAAGUUGAACUUGCCCCAAUUGGGCAUUUUAUCGUAGAGUAAUAUUGUUUAUUUGAGUCGUAGGGAAGACUGCCUAACAGAAAUCUGGGAUUAUAAUAGAACUUUUGGGUAAACAGGACAAAUGAAAAGGUUGAUACUA